UAACUAGACCUGGGAUUCUUACCCAACAUCGCUCUAUGCCCUAGAAGGGAUGAAUUUUCCCUUAACCAUUACUCUUCUCUCUAGAGUCCCCAGGAGGGGGUCGUCUUAUUAUCAUCGUCCUUUAUCCAAAGGACGAUCGUGAGGGCACACAUGGUUCCCACUCAGCUUCUGCCCAGACAGGUGUGCUCAAACGAGCCUCUUGUAGAGGGUCCCCUCACAGACGUUUUCAUUCACAGGUCGCCCUUGCAGGUGCCGUACAGAUAUUUUCCCACGGAGAUGCCCCAAACAAAUGUUUUCUCACAGAUGCAUCCUUGACAGGUGGACCUCAAUACACAUGAGCCCCUCCCCCCGAUGUGCUUCAGUGUGAGUGUGCCCCCAUGCAGGCGUGCUCAGGUCUUCCUCUCGUGUGAGCUCAAUUCUAUGCAGCUGUUUCCUUCACCUCACAGGUGGGCCAUGCAGAUGCAUUCCCCAAACAGAUGUACCCCGCGCCAGAGUGCCUCAGCCAGGUGUUUGUAACCAUGCAGGUGUGUUCUAUACAGCUGUUUUCCACACAGGUGUGUCCCACACCAGUGUUUUUUCAUUAGAGGCUCCCCAUCCCGGUCUGCCCCAGACAGGAGUGCCUCACACAUCGGUGACUCCCUGCCCCGUGUGUCUCCACACCUGGACGAUUCUACAGAUGUACCUGCAGUGCAGGUGAGAGGCCCCUUUUACACCUGCGCGCUUCCGCUCCUUUUCACUCCUCCCGAUUAUGGGAUUGGGUUCCCGUUACAGGUGCGUCCGCGGCGCGGACCCGCCCCCGCUUGGCCCCGCCCUUUCACCUAGGCUCAGGUGCACAAGCCGGAAGUGCGCUCACCUCCAAGGUGAGUGACUAAACUUUCCGGGUCACGUGAGCCGGCGGAGCUGGAAGAGUCCGACCGAGCCACUGACCGACGGAUCGAGGGUUCGAGCGAGGAACCGGGAUCGGGACCCUGAGCGGGGGUCGAAGACGCCCGGGCCAGCCCCCAGGUGUGGGGUCGAAGGUACCCCCCCAGCCCGAGAUGCGGUAGGAGCGGCGCGCGCGACAAGCCCCGUCCCCGGUGCCACCAGCCCGUCACCCGGCCCAUGGCGAGCCCCGGCCUGGGGCUGCUCUUGGCGCUCGGCCUGCCGCUGCUGCUGACCCGCUGGGGCCGGGUCUGGGGGCAAACACCGGACCCCACUGUAAGUGGGAACAGCACCAUUACACCCUCUGGCCCCAGCCCUGGCUCCAAUGGGGCCCUGUCGCAGGAGGCCACCAUUGCCAUCAUCGUGGUCUUCUCCCUCCUGGCCGCCCUGCUCCUGGCUGUGGGCCUGGUACUUCUGGUGCAGAAGCUUCGGGAGAAGCGGCAGACGGAGGGCACCUACCGGCCCAGCAGUGAGGAGCAGUUCUCCCAUGCAGCCGAGGCCCAGGCUCCCCAGGACUCCAAGGAGACGGUGCGGGGCUGCCUGCCCAUCUAGGUCCCCUUCCUCUACCCAUCACCCUUCCUGGCUGUGUGACCUUGGGGGAAGGCAGAGCCCUCUCUGGGCAAUCAAACACACCCAGCGCUUAAGAAUAGAGGGGAAGAAGGUGCUUUGAAGACUCUGCCCUUGAGGGCAAGGGAGACAGGCUGCUUACUUUAUAUAUAUCUAUACAAUGGGUAGUGUGAUGUAAUAAAACCUUUCUGUGAGCUGGUGGGGGCAGGAGUUAGCCUAGAUGGAGGAGACACACAGGCUGUUGAGAGAUGAGUUGUAAGGUCUUGAGGGUCCUAGGGGCUGGGAGAGCUUCCUGGAAGGGAAAGGCUUUUAGCUGCACCUAAGAGCCAGCUGGAGGCUGCCUUGGGAGGGAAGGUGGGGAGUGGGGUGGGUUUCUGAGCAGAAACAGGGCUCCCAGGUAAACCCACCAGGAAAAACAAGCUUUGGGCUCUUGCAGCUUUAUUGAGGGGCCAGAGUCUCCUCC